UUUAAUCUGAUUGGCAAAUCAUUGCAUAAAGUAAUCAUAGUUUAUUUCCUCCUGCCUUGUAUCCAGAAGAAAGAACUUAUUUAUGUAGCCUUUUUUUCCUUAAACCACUUGCUGCCAUGUGGAGAAUAAUUAACAGCAUUGACAGAAUCCUGGGAAAGAUAUAGUUAAAUCCCUGUUAGAAUGCCCUCAUGCUAGGAACAAACUAUCUUUGCAGCUAAACAGCUGAUGAGGUCAAGCCAGGUUUGUGAUUGUCCCCAUCUAUCUCAUGAAUUGGCAAGGACUUUGUAGAACCUUGGAGAGGAAUGGGAUAUAUCUCUUGCAACUGGAUUGAUCAUAAUUCCAUGGCUUGAUCAUCCCAAUAUUCAAAUAAGGCAAAUUGGUAUAUGUAAGAAGGCACUCUUGAAAACACCAAACUGUUGAAGAGGUAGUGGUAAACUCUUUUUCACCUAAGAAGCCCCAUUCUCUUUCUGUGUUGUUCAUGUGUGUUCAGGAAGAUUAAGGCAUACUUGUUGCAGUUUUCAGUGCUGCUCAGUACUUCUUCAAUAUGGAUGUGUGGUUUUGAUGUAAAUGUUAAUCUGGUUGGAAUAUGUCAUGUAUGUCUGUUGUUUACUAAUCUCUUUUAGGUCAGUAAAGCUGGGACAGUCCUGAGCAUCUUGGUUUGUAGAAAAUUCAAAAGUGAAAACCUCAUAUUGCUCUGUGCAGAGCAGCUGUAUACAGUUGAUGGUGGCUUCAAAUAAUUGAAGCUGGUGCUUAGCAGUUUAAAAUAUUCCCCAGGCUUAUUUCAAAACAAUGUAUAUGCCUGUUGCUCUUCAGAGCUGGCUGAUAGCAGUGAGUCUUGUGUGAACUGGAUGCUAUGUUGUACAGCAAGAGUGAUGGAGAUCUGCUGUGUGUUGGGCUGUAGAAGGCUUAGAUCGUGCUGGUAAGAAACUGGCUGUGCUGCAAGUUGCUGCUGCUUAAUGCUUGUCACUACAAACAAACUGCCUGUAUUUCUGUGUUUUUUUUUUCUGUCCCCUUCAAUGUUGGAGACUUCUUCCUUCUCCUUUAAUAAUCUCUCCUGUGCCUUGCUAUUCCUGGGCUACUGCUUUGUGGAUGUUGGCGGCUUCUUGUUGUGACAGGAGAAUGUGUGUGUGUCCUGGGCCCAGGAGAAUUGCAAUUCCAGUCAAGAGCUCCAGGUUGCCAUUGUUCUCUGAUGCCAUGCCAGCACCAGCUCAGCUACUGCUGCCAUUAAUUCGCAACUGUGAGAUUGGCAGGAUAUACAGCACUGCAUGUUACUGUCACCACAAGCAUCUAUGUUGCUUGUCCCCUCCCUUAACUCACAAGCACUUGAGGUAUGUUCCUCAGAAGAAGGCUGCAACACUCUGCAGACCAAAGGAAAACUUCAGUCAGUUUAUUCAUGCAAGAAGCUAUGUCUCCACACCACAGCGAUUUUACCUCACGCCUCCACAAGUCAACAGCAUCCUCAAAGCAAAUGAAUACAGUUUCAAAGUGCCAGAGUUUGAUGGGAAAAAUGUAAGUUCUGUUCUUGGCUUUGACAGUAACCAGCUGCCUGCCAAUGCUCCCAUAGAGGAUCGAAGAAGUGCAGCGACUUGCUUACAGACAAGAGGGAUGCUUCUGGGUGUAUUUGAUGGCCAUGCAGGAUGUGCGUGUGCCCAGGCUGUCAGUGAGAGACUGUUUUAUUAUAUAGCUGUUUCUUUGUUGCCCCAUGAAACUUUACUUGAAAUAGAAAAUGCUGUUGAGAGUGGUAGGGCCCUGUUGCCCAUCUUACAGUGGCAUAAGCACCCUAAUGACUAUUUCAGUAAAGAAGCUUCCAAAUUAUAUUUUAACAGCUUACGAACUUACUGGCAAGAACUCAUAGACCUUAACACUGGAGAAACAACAGAUGUCAAAGAAGCUUUAAUUAAUGCAUUUAAGAGGCUUGACAAUGACAUUUCUUUGGAAGCUCAAGUUGGAGAUCCGAAUUCUUUCCUUAACUAUUUAGUAUUGCGUGUAGCUUUUUCUGGUGCAACUGCCUGUGUGGCUCAUGUAGAUGGUGUUGAUUUGCAUGUUGCCAAUACUGGUGAUAGUAGGGCCAUGCUUGGUGUCCAAGAGGAGGAUGGCUCUUGGACGGCUGUUGCUUUGUCUCAUGAUCAUAAUUCACACAAUGAAAAUGAAAUUGAACGACUUAAAAUGGAACAUCCAAAGUCUGAAGAAAAAAGUGUUGUCAAACAAGAUCGGCUAUUAGGCUUACUGAUGCCUUUCCGAGCUUUUGGUGAUGUCAAAUUUAAGUGGAGCAUUGACCUUCAGAAGAGAGUAAUAGAAUCAGGCCCAGAUCAACUCAAUGAUAAUGAAUAUACAAAGUUUAUUCCACCAAACUAUCACACUCCUCCAUAUCUCACGGCUGAGCCGGAAGUGAUAUACCACAAAUUGAGACCUCAGGACAAAUUCCUGAUACUGGCCACAGAUGGUUUAUGGGAAACAAUGCACAGGCAGGAUGUAGUUAGAAUUGUAGGUGAGUAUCUGACGGGCGUUCAUCAUCAGGAGCCAAUAGCUGUUGGUGGCUACAAGGUAACAUUGGGACAGAUGCAUGGUCUUCUUACUGAAAGGAGAGCUCGUGUCUCUUCAGCCUUUGAAGAUCAGAAUGCUGCUACUCAUUUGAUACGCCAUGCCGUAGGAAAUAACGAGUUUGGCACUGUUGAUCAUGAACGGCUCUCUAAGAUGCUCAGUCUUCCAGAAGAGUUGGCUCGGAUGUACAGGGAUGAUAUCACAAUUAUAGUGGUACAGUUCAAUUCCCAUGUUGUUGGUGCAUGUCAAAAUGAAGAAUUCUGAAUUGAAGUAGCAAACUAAACUUCCAUUGAACAAAAUGAUAAAUGACCGGUAUUGAGUGCAUCAUAGUAAAACACUUGAUUAUCAUCUGGUCAUUGGAAUUAUAACUGGAGCAAAUAUAAUUUGCAAAAACCUUGGACACUGGUCAACAUGUUACUUAUCUAAUUUAAACUACCAGGAGAACAAACAACUUUGCACUAAUUAGUCUAUUUGCUUGAACAAUGGCUUAUAAUUUGGGAUUACUUGGUGGAAGUAAAUCUUCAUAUGCAUCAGUGCAAUGUCCUGCAGGGCAAAAAUUUAUCACAUGUAAAUUCCAAUGUAGAUAGGUAUCUAAGUUGCUUUAGAAAACUUUGGAUGAUAACUUGGUUAUAAAACUGAACUUGAAUAGGGCUGUUGACUUUUAUAUCUACAAAGUAGCUAUUGUGUCUUUCCUUCAGGAAAGGAACGGAAUGUAUUUUUUAACAGUUGGUAAAUGUCUUGAUAUCAUAUCUAAUUAUCUUCUCUUGGGUAGUGAUAUAUCUGUUGAAACACAUGCCUGGAGUAUUGAUGUUAAAAGUCCAAGUUUAAGCCAUAAAUAUCUUAAGCCUAUCCAGAAGUAUUAGAAAUUGAAUACCAUUUUGCAUCAAAUAGCUAAUAUAUUUUGCACAGUUCAAAGGGCAAUAAAUAAUUUGAAGGUUAGAUAACUAAAUGGAAACGUGCAAAAAAACCCACCCCUCUGGCUUAUGUUAUAAACCUGAAAUUCUAUUUUUGUGAACCUUGACCUAAUCUUCAGUCAGACUGUCUUGUAAAAACAUCACAGUCCUGGCUUGUUCCAAACCUAUUUCUUCUCUUCUUGGUUUUAGUGUUGUAUUUAGACAAACAGUAGUGGCUUAGUAAAUUUGUGCAGUCACAUGUGUUAUAGUCUGAAUUAAAGUUUGGUCUUCUGGACAUGUUAAGUAUUACAAAGCAAAAAAUGUAACUAUUGUUUGGUCGCCAUGGAGACUAUUGAAGAAAACCAUGUAAUAAGAGUUGUGGCAGAGAAAAGUCUGCAUGCUCUAUGCUACGUUCUACUGGCAGUGCAGCAUCGGCUCCUUUCAAAGUGUCACUAUUGGUACGUAAACUUGCUUACGUCCCAAAUCUCUUCCUCAUGUUGCAUGACUGAUCUCUGAACUUUAUACCAUAUAAUGCACUUAUUGGAAAUGGCAGGUAAAUUUAAGGAGUUUUCUUAGCAAUUACAUUUCGAAUACUUUUAAUAUCAAACUCAAGGCUUCAUGAAUGUCACUUGCCUUAUAAUAUCAAACUAGUUUUUACCAUUUCAUAAACAAAUAGUAUAACUAUAAUUGAAUGUUGCUUAAUGUUUUCCUCAAGUUCAUAUCUAUAUCUGAGGCAUUUGCAGAUGAACAUUAAUAUCCUAUGUGCUUCUCUGUUUAAAUAUCUUGUAUGUAUUCCACUUGAACUCUAUUUGACUUUCCAUCACAUAUGAGAUUGUUUAAGCUGACACAUUUUAGAUGUCAGUGUUCCUCACAGCAUAGAUAUAUAAAAGGAAAAAAGAACAAUGCGACAGCUCUGUCCUUAGUACACCAGUAAUGUGUGUGUUUCCAGCACUUAAGUUUUGUAGCACUAAAGCUCUCUUUGCUCUUUACUGUACACUAAGAGUCAUACUUGUCUAAAAAGUUGUAAGCAUUGAAAUGCAAAGACAUAUGUAAUUGCACCACUUUCCUAAAUGGAUAUUCUUUAUAAAUUUAUCUGGGUGGAAAAUUUCUAUCUGCAGCCUUAAAAAGGGGAUGGUCUUCUCUCUGUCCAAAGAAGUGACUAUUCUAGCUUUUGUUUAUAUUUCUCCAUCUAAUUUUGUUAUUUAUUGUAUUAAUGACAAAACUGAGCAGUUUAAAUUGUCAUCUUUAUAAAUAGAGUAGAAUUGAUACAUCCAUAUUUUAUGUUACGUGAUUUGAUUUCUUAGCAAUUUGUGACAUCUGCAAUACAUGUAAAUGUAUCUUUUCGACGUGGUUCUAGUCAUAAUGAAAGGUAUUGAGUCCUGGUCCUAUAUGUUCAGCGUUGUGGGGGGAGGUGGUGGUCUUGUACAUACAGAUAUGAACAUAGGAAUUAACUUUAAGUUCUCAGAAUAUGUUUGCAUUGAAAGGGGAAAAUGGCUUUUUCAACACCACAUGAUACAGUCCAAGAACAACUAACUUUUUAGUAGAUUUCAAUAAAAAUUAUUGGAAACAUGCAUUAGUCUUUGAAAAGUUGUCUUGCCUUUACUUUCCUGGAUUCAAAUUUCAGAUUGGAUUGUUGGGCUGUAUUUUUAAUGGUAAUGUCAUGGUUGUGCGUGAAAAUGUUUGCAGUGAAACUGCCUUUCCCAAGAGAGCUUGCAACUGGAACAAAUAAAUGAGUAGCAUCAGACUGAAUGGAUCACAAUAUAUAGAAUAUAUAUUCUAUUUUACAAAUGUGGUUUUGGCAUUAGCUUCCAGCUAAUUAGAAAUAUCCAUUCUUGCCUUCCAUUUUUAGAGCAAACAGAAGAUCUCAGUUGAAUAUAGCCAUCUAUAUCAUUCUUCAGUUUUUCUCAUCUGUUUUAGCAUAUGCUUUUAGCUGAUCCAUUAUAACUAUACAGUGCUGGACUAUUUAAACCCCUUUACUUUCCAACUAAUGAGUAGCUAAUAUCUUUUCAGUGAAGUGAGUCUCAUUUGUUGUCCUUUGUCAUUAUUAGUAUCAAAAAAAAUGGUUGCUGUUAAAAAUUUGGGAAAGAAAACUGAGGCAAUCCUUAAAACCUACCAUCCUCUUGUUCCAAAUACUGAUGUUAAGAAAAUUUUUCUUGGAAAACUGUUGGAAAUGAGGAAGCCGGGUUUUUGGAUCAGCUCUAGUACAGAGUAACCUUACAAAGUAGGCAAGGUUUUGAGAAAGUAACCAUGUAAGGGAAAAGAAAAUGGAGUGUAAUUCUUAAGAGCUCAGGCAGCCUUGCCAAUGUUUCUUGACCACUCUAAAAGAAAAAUGCAUGUAAUUUCAAGCAAAAGCUCAUAACUGACAUAUGUUUAUGUCUAUUUUUACUCCAUUGAAGUUGAACCUUAGGUUGACCUGAAUUAAAAUGUCAUGACCAGAGUGCAGGGAAAGUCUUGCAUAAUCCUGUUUGUUGUAUAGUUUAAUAUGAGUGUUUUUUUUCUGCUAAUUUUCCAGACAGGAGUUGGGACUUGAGUUAUAUAUCAAUGAACUUUCUAAAAAAAUGUAGACACCAGGCUCCAAUAGGUAUCUGAUUUUGUUGAUGUAUCAGUUUAAUACCUUUCAGUGUGACUGCCAAUGAAGUCCUAGAUUACAGUUCAAAAUGCAAAAAAAAUUUCCAGAAGUUUCACAUGGAAAAAAGUAAAGCAUGCUGUGAGAUGUGCUACAUGUAAUCUUUGUCAGAAGAAAAUUAUUUUAUGUUCAGAGGGACUUCUGCAGUAACUGUGUUUAGGGUAGUAAUUGUUCAAACUGUGCUGAGACUGUUUUUUUAGUUGAGUUUCUAGGGUCCGUGCCAGGAAUUAAUAAGGCCAUAAAAUUAUGUAAUUACUGCUUAAGCUAAAAUAUGCUCAAGGCUAUUUCACAAACAACAUCAAAUGUAAAUUAUGAAGUGAAUAGUGGUAUUCUGAUGUGUGCAUGUGUGUCUUGUAUUAGAAUGUACUAUCUUGAUGGCAAGAAUAUUGUAAGUUUUUAUAGUAAAAUAUCUGUUGGUAGAAAAUCACUUCUUUGCACAAUUAUGCCUGAGAUUAAAGGAACAGAACAUAUGUAGUACUCUCGCUUCUAAGUAUGAAAUGAAGAAUGAUAUGGAAUGAUAGUUGCUUUUUAUCAACCCUUUAGUGAUUUCUAGAAAUUCCCCAGGACCUUGUCAGGUGUCUUACUACUCACUGUUUUUCAGUGGCUUGUAAAUUGGAUAGGCAAUAUUGAACUGCUCUGUGAAAAUUAGUCUCCUUUUGUGCUUCUUUCUGCCAAGAGUAUUGUUCCUCUUUUGAUUUGGUUGCCAGAAGUUGUAAUGGACAAAUUAAUCAAUGGAAAUCUAGUUUGAUUUCUCUUUUACAAAAUUGAAAAUUUGGACUUGUUAUGAUAUAGUAUGGAGUAAGAGAAGUGACAUUUUAUUUACAGUAUUGUUCAAUAUUACUACUGUAUAACAAAGUCUUCAGAUAGUUUACGGUAAAUGUUAAAUCCAUACAAAUAUAAAUGUUUCCACUUGUAAUUUCUUAUUGAUUAGAUACUGUUGUUACGAUAAAUCAGGUGCUUGGAAGGCAGUUAAGAAUGAACAAUCUUAGUAUUUUGUUAAACUAUAUUCUAAAACAUUUGGAAUCUUUCAUUCUAUGAAGAACUUUGGAUAUAUCAAACUUGGACAGUUGUAAAAAAGGUGAUUAUGUACUCAUGGAAGAAUGUUUGACAGAAUGAAAUCUAUCAACACUCAGACUUGGUGCCAAAGGAGAGGCAAGACCAGGCAGUAUGAUUCUGCAUGUGUUAGGCUUAAUUCAUUGUUCAAAAAUUGAAAUAGAAUGAUGAAAUUGGAACAAAA